AUGACAAGAUGGGUCAAUGCUCAAGCUGCUGGCAUCAUUGGUGAUGUAUGGGUUAGCAAUGGUGUUGGAGUAAACACUUUGGUGAAGCUCAACGCAAACUGGACAAGUGAGAAGGGCGUGGUGAACAGAUCCUUUGAAAUGAUUGCAAAUGAAACCUGCUGGGGGAAUGUCAAGACCUCUUUUAGCCAGAGACUCGUUAACCGGAAGCCUAUUUCUCACCGCCUUCCAAAGGAAAAUCUUGAUUUUGGGGAGCAGCAACGCCUUCCAAAUAGAGGCCUAGAACGAAAGAGCCUUGACCCUAGAGGUGCUACUAAAUGGGGAACUGCUAGAGGUGUCAGACUUAAUAAUGGAAUAAGCAGACUUAACAGAAAAUUUACCCAACCUGUUUGGAUGCCAUAUCCAUCUAUCUUGGAACUGACUAAGAAACUUAUAAAAGAGUAUGCUUCGUUUGUCUGCAGUCACCAGACAACCACCAAAAAGGAAAGAAAAAGGGUCUGCCGCAAAAGGUUUUGGCAGGGAAAGGCAAAUAGGGAAAUUUUUAUUUUCUGCAGAGAUACAAUCAAGAAGAAUUAUGGUUGUGUAAUAUCUCUAGAUAGAGAGGUCUGCUUGCUGUGGAUCUUCUAUGGUCUGCCUGUUGUUAAACCUGACAGGCUUCUCAUUGCUACUUGUAAUGGUCUUGGCCUUGUGGUGGAGCUGGUUUAUUUAGCUACAUUCUGCUUCUGCGACAGAGAAAACAAGGGGCGCACCCUGGUGGCCUUGGGCCUUGCAGGAGAGGUGAUUUUCACUGCGGUCAUUGUCGUCGUCACCUUGCUAGAUUUCCACACCCAGGAUAACAGAGCACUUUUGGUGGGUAUGUUUUGUGUUGCCUUCAGUGUUGUGAUGUCCAGUUGUGGAUUAGGUACGAUGAAGAAGGUGAUCGACACACAGGAUGUCGAAUCGAUGCCAUUCAAUGUUUCACUUGCUAACUUGGCUAAUGAUUGCUUCUGGGCUGCCUAUGCGCUCAUCACGACUGACCACUUUGUGUUCUUUAGCUAUGGGAUUGGAGCACUCUGCAGCUUGGCGCAACUCAUUGUCUAUGCCUGCUACUACAAGCCCGAGAAUGAUGUACUCAAGCUGUCUAAGAUCCAUCCAUCCUCAGGCUGACAAUAACUUGUUUGCCUAGUUUAUAUAUAUGUGCAUGUUUUGAUGAGAAAUUGAACUCACGAUUUCACCUAAAUUAUUAAGAUAAGUGGAUGGAAGUUCUUAGGUCUCCUUUAGCCUUGUU